CGCGGCUCUGCCGGGGCAGCGCGUCGGGACGCGGGGUAGCAGCCCAGGCACUUCCGGUGGAGCGGCGGCGGCUCCCGGCGGCGGCGCGGAGCGUUUUUAUUCCAGGCCAGCUGCCAUUGCUGAAGAUCCCUAAUGCCAGAUACCCAACCCGCUGCCAAAUAGCCAUGAAGGAGAGGAGGUAGCUGCCCCCAGCAGAGGGAAAAUCUGAUUUCAAUGGAUACAAAAUAUAAAGACGAUUUAUUUAGGAAGUAUGUACAGUUCCACGAAUGCAAGCUGAAUGCCUCUGACAACAAGCAGCGUCCUAUCAACGAUGAGUACUUGCGAGUGGCAGCAGCAGCCUUACUUUGCCUUCCCAAAAUUGAUCCCUUUUAUCGAUUCCGGCUGAUCAAAUUUUACGAAAUGGCUGAAAACUCACUGAGAUCUGUGAAAUCCUCAAGUUUACAUUGUCUCCAUAAUGCAUUCAACAUGCUUGAGACAGUUGGGAUUAAUCUCUUUCUGUACCCCUGGAAAAAGGAGUUCAAGAACAUUAAGACCUACACUGGACCCUUUGUUUAUUAUGUGAAGUCUGCUCUAACGGAAGAUGACGUGAGGCAGAUUCUGAACUACAUGGGCUACGUCCAGGAGCUGGGAACAACGUUCAAGCUCAAAGAGCAGGUGGACGCCAUUCAGGUGAAAAUGAUUUCGUUUGAGCUCUUCCUGGCCAAAGUGGAGUGUGAGCAGCUCCUGGAGAUCCACCUGCAGGUGAAGGACAAGGGCUAUUCGGAGGUGGAUGUGGUGCAGGAGCGCAAGAGCAGCAGCGAGGACGUGCGGGGCUGCUCGGAGGCCAUGCGGCGGCGCCUGGAGUGCAAGGAGAGCCUCAACGCGUCCAUGGCGCGCAUGGUGCUCCAGAAAUCCGCCAGCGAGCGCGCCUCUAAGGACUACUACAAGCCUAAGGUCAGCAAGCCUUCCAAGUCCGUGGACGCCUAUGACAGCUACUGGGAGAGUAAGAAACCGCCUCUGAUGAGCUCGCUGAGCCUCAGGAAGGAGCCCAUUCUGGUCGAUGCGGAAGAUGACAUUAAAGAUGAAAUCAUCCGGCCCUCGCCCUCCCUGCUGACCAUGUCCAGCUCCCCUCACGGCUGUUCAGAUGAAUACUUGCCAACUUCCUCUCAUCACAAUGGCAUGCUAAGAACAAAUGUCCCUUACAGCUCCUAUUUUUCUGCUCAAGAGGACUUAGAUUUAUAUACUGACCCCGAUUCUAGAAGCGUGUUAAAUUUUAAAAGACAAGACGCUAUUAAGCCUGAUGUAUGGCUGUUAAAAAGCGACGCCAACCCUGUUUACCACAAACGCACCCACCUAGCCAAAGAGACAGCUUCCUCCAAGUGCCAGAACUGUGGCAUACCCUGUGGCGCUUCUGUGUGCCAGAAGUGCGACAGCCUGUUCGGCUCGAGGCAGGAGUACCCGGCAGUGAAGCAGAGCUCCUACUCCAUCAAAGCGCUCCCGAGCGACGGCUUGUCCCCGGCCUCGGCUCUGAGGGAGAAAUCUCAGUACGCGUCCCAGACUCAGAGUCAAGACAGAGCUGCCCAGUUCGGCUCCAAGCCCAAGCCCUCGGGCACCUCGCGCUGCGGCUUCUGCAACCGCUCAGGCGCGGCCAACACGUGCACCUUCUGCUCCAAGGUCUCGUGCGACUCCUGCCUCAGCGCCUACUACUAUGACCCCUGCUGCAGGAAGAGCGACCUGCACAGGUUCCUGCCCAACAACCAGCUGAACUACAAAUCGUCCCAGCUGUCCCACGUGGUUUACAGAUAGACUGCCAGAGUCUGCUUGGGAAGGGAAGGGAAGGGGGAGAGGAAAGGGCUAUCCUAACUAAUGUUCUGACUCCACACUGACCUCUUGCCAAAAUCACGUGUCCAGAUAUUUGGAACCAUGGUUCAGUGAUCAGGUGCCAGUUCUUGAUUUUUGUGGCUUCACAGAUGCUGCAGAUCCAUUAGAUUUCAUGCUGCUAUAAUUUAGGUAACUCCUAAAUGAGCAUUGCUUUUUAACUUACAUGGGGGAGAAGAGCACAUUUUUCCUUAAAACUUGGCAGCUGUUGUAUUUUUAAGAAAUGACAUCAUAGGUUCCUAUUAUAUCAUAUCUUGCCCAAAUAAAACCAGGCAGUAUUUGAAAACAAAAUCUGAGAAUUAAGGUUGUUGUUUUCUAUGAGUGAUGAAACCACUGCCAGUUUUUGAUGAAGUAUCAAAAAGUGAAGUCCUCACCCUGACUUCAAAAUGUGCAGGAAAUAUGAGAAUGGCUUGUUUUGCCAACAAGGACUAUGUUUUGAUGUGUGUCUGCAUUUCUCGAUCUCCAAAAUGCAAACACCAUAACCUCUCUUCCUUUUGUCUUUGUUUCCUCCUCCCCUUCUCUCCUGAUUGUUUAUCUCGAGCUUAUAUAACCUGAAUCUGGACAAUAUGUGCUUUAUUUUCCAGUGUUGCCAAUAUCAUCCUUCUGGGUUUCACUGUAUGGUAUUUUAAAGAGGUGAUCCUGUAUCUGUGUCACUCAGAUGAUGCCUGGAGUGUUGUCCUCUCAGAUGAGUGUCCAUUUUCUUUCUGUUGCACAUGGUUUAAGUACUGUUCUUUGUACUGUAAAUAGGUGAUUUGGAAACAGUUUAUUUUUAAUAAAUAUUUAAUAUGUUGAGUUCUUAAAAGUGGUAGAAUCAUUAUAACUAUGAAGUCUCUCUGGGUUAUUUGUUCAGGUGACUUUUUGUUUUUCCUUGUACUGUAUUUCAUAGCUUAUUAUAGCCACUGUGGCAGAAUGAUGUUCUUGGCUCUGAUCAGUUCUUGGGUUUUAAUCUGACAUUUUUUCCCUCUGAUAAGGCUGGCGCUCAUCUGAGUGGAGUCUUGUCUAGGAAUUGCAGGAUUUUGCUCUCAGUGCACGCUUUUUCUUUGUGGUUAUGGAAAUUGUAAGUAUCAAUGUUCUGCUUGCUCCCAAAUUCACUGCCAAUCUGUCUGUAGUGUAGUCUAGCAAGUAAAGCACUGGCCUGGUUAAAAUCAGAGCUCAUUUGUGACUCCUGUUCAGGUGAACCCAUCAGUUAUGGAUGUGAAUCAGAUGAUGACCUUUGUCUCCUGCUAUAGCACUUGGGAACCCUGGCUGAGAGCCAGGACUCCCUUGUGUUGGGCUCUGUACAGUCUGACCCCCAAACACCACCUGGCUAUGAGUAGACUUUAGUUUUUCAUUAAAAGAAAACCCCUAAGAAUCCUAACUCCCUUGUUCCAACUAUAGCUAGUUAGCACAAAGUAUCAGGCAACCUAAUCUGAUGUGCAGAAUUAAAUGUGUUUAAAAUAUCUGUAAAGAACUCUAGCUGAGAUGUAAACUGUAGUCCACUUUGCACUGAAAUGAUUCACUUUGGGGUUUUUAAUCACUGUUAGAGUCUAGGCUUCUCAACUUCAGUGUCCAUCACUCCCUGUGUGACAGGAACAUGCAUGAAUGAUCGUUUGUCUUACAUUUUUUGGGGUGGGGGGGCUUCAGGUAGGUAGAGGGGGAAAUUACAUAGGCUAGUGUUGUAAAAUAGCUAAAAUAAUUUUAGCCAUAACUGGGUGUCAGAAGCAUUAUGGAAAUAAGAUGAAACCUGGGUCUUACAGAGGGCUGAGAACAAGAAGUUACUGUCCAGUUUGCACUAAGAAACAAAGAGAACAGAAUGUUUAACAAUCAGGGAAAUUCUGAAUCAAGGGACUGCAGCUGAGCAUAAUGUCAAGGGCGAGUAUUGCCUUGCUGACCCUGAGUGUUGGGGUGAAUAUUGUUUAAGUGAAUGAUUUUAAGGUUUUCAAUCUUGUAUGUUUUUUAUAAAUAAAUAUAUAUAUAUAUAAAUAUGACACAAAUGUAGAUACAUUAUGUAUAUAGUGAAUAAUUUAAAAACAAUUUUACUAUUAAAAUGCAGUCUAAGGGUGGUUUUAAUUUUGGUGGUUUUUGGGUUUUGUUCACCCUCUGCAGUUUCAUGCCUGUUUGGCUGCUCUACAGUGUAUCUUCUAGUUCACCAGUUCAAUUUCCAUAUGGCUCCUCACACUACAGUGAAUAACUAAAACUGUGAUGCCACGUAAUUUUUAUGGUGACCAGGGCAGGGGCUACACCUGCUCUGAACAAGAGAAGUCCUCUGUAUAUAUGUCAUGGAAUCCUGUAGUACCAGCCUGUGUUGAAGUGAUACCAUGCUCUAUUUUUGUGUAUCUUACUGUAUGAGAUUGCUGUGAUUGAUACAGUAAAAUAUAUGCGAAUUUAAAA